GGAUACUGAAUUUAUGGGGGGCCUUUUUUAGAGUUGGACAUCAUCCGGGGAUGGAUUCUGGCGACAAUUUGUUAUUCUGGAAGGUCCAGUAACGGGCAGUAGUAUAUGAACAUGAUUCCCCUGCGUUUAGUUGCUAUUCUAGCCUUUCUUUGUUUUGCUCUUUUCGAUUCUUUUAUUUUCGGAUGCAAGUUGGGCUAUAUUAGAGACCAAUGUAUAAAACGGAGCAUCUCUUUUAUGUUUCUUUCUUCUCUUUUAUUUCCGUUUCCUGAAUUGCCUAGGUACUACCGUAUGCAUGGCAAUGGCUGUGGGAUGAGAGUUGCGGGCGCAUGUCGCGGCUAAGGGGGAAUAACCGUACGAGUUAUGUCGCAUAGACUUUUUGAUAACGGCAUCAGCUGAAUUGAAAUACUACGAAUACAUAUCCGCGCCUGAUAUUCUCUGUCUUCG